AUGAAGGCCCUCUUCAUGCUGGCUUGGUUCCUGAUUUGUAGUGUGUACACUGUGCCAGGGGACUUGUUAGAUCUGAAGUCAAUGAUUGAGAAGGUAACUGGAAAGACUGCUCUGACAAACUAUGCCUUCUAUGGCUGCUACUGUGGCUGGGGUGGCCAAGGGACUCCCAAGGAUGGCACUGAUUGGUGUUGUUGGGUGCAUGACCACUGCUAUGGGAGGCUGGAGAAGAAAAGCUGCAACAUCCGGACCCAGUCUUACAAGUACAGAGUCUCACGGGGCUUGGUCACCUGUGAGCUUGGACCCUUCUGUCAGGUGCAGCUCUGCGCCUGCGACCGGAAGCUUGUCUACUGCCUGCGGAGAAACCUAUGGAGCUAUAACCCCAGCUACCGAUACUUUCCCAACAUCUUCUGCUUCUAG